AGAGGCAAACAGGAGGAGUGCAAGGUACUGGAGAACAUUAGCAGAGAAGCAGCUGGGAUCACAGAUUACACAGGAGUGUGCUAUAAGAUGCUUGUGUCAGCUUCUACUUCUAUCUUCUGAUAUACAGCUGAGGAAGACGUGCAGACAAAAAGUGAAUAUACAGGUAGAAGACGAGAAAGCUUGAAAAGAAGUAUACAACAAAGGUGAGCGACAUUAAACGGACAAACAAAGAAGACGGUUGCUAAAUAGGAAAAGGAGAAAAAGAAGACGGUUAGGUGACUGAUAUCUAUACACAAAGGCACAUAUGACGACGUUCUGAUAUACAUUUGUAUGUAAAGUGCCACCUCGGACUCUACACAAUGCAAGCUACACGGAGGGGAGGAGAAGCUAUUUUUUCACAAGACUGAUAUUUUUUUAACCAUCGACAUUUAAAGUGCCAAAUAUCACAGGCUAUACAAGCAGUUUACUAACCUAUAGGUUUGUACUCUACAUUGCAGCCUUCCUUUCUAAUUGCUACCUAAUUUGUAUACCGAAUCCUACUUUUUGGCGUGCAGUGCUCUCAGAUGUUUCAUGUUUAGCUCUAGACAAUAUUUUUAACAAUAUUUUUGAUAGUGUUUUAGUUUUCAUUUUUAGCAGUUUUAUAUUUGUUUAAGUCUUUGACCACCUUCUGCGAAUUGUUUUUCCGAAUACUACUGAAGCCCUCACACCGAGCACUUGCUGAACAGACGGACUUGUAGCCACAGAAUUUGGACAAUCUCAAGGAACUCUAAUUAAGCAUUGUCUGAUCACAGACUCGGAAAGUCGUCCUUCGCAGCAUUUUUCAGCCUUCUUGAAGAGUAGUUCUCUCCUUAGAGCGGCUCUUCUUACAGUCAUCAUUCUGUCUCCUCCAGAGAUGGCGUUCACCUUUGCUGCGUUCUGUUACAUGCUAACACUCGUCCUCUGUGCUUCUCUCAUCUUUUUCAUCAUCUGGCACAUUAUUGCCUUUGAUGAACUUCGGACAGACUUUAAGAACCCUAUCGAACAGGGGAAUCCAUCCAGAGCGAGAGAGAGGGUUAAGAACGUGGAACGGAUUUGCUGCUUGCUCAGAAAGCUGGUAGUACCAGAGUAUUGUAUCCAUGGCCUCUUCUGUCUCAUGUUUAUGUGUGCUGCUGAAUGGGUCACUCUUGGUCUGAAUAUACCGCUGCUAUUCUACCACCUUUGGAGGUACUUCCACCGACCUGCGGAUGGGUCAGAAGUUAUGUUUGACCCGGUAUCCAUAAUGAAUGUGGACAUUCUAAAUUACUGCCAGAAAGAAGCUUGGUGUAAAUUGGCAUUCUACCUGCUGUCCUUCUUUUACUACCUGUACAGGGUGGGGGCCACUGUACGUUAUGUCAACGCGUAGGAUGCUGUGCUUCUGCUGUAUGAUAUACACACUCGUCACUUUUUGAAUUUCGCCUGUUUGAAUCUGAAUCACGGAGACAGAGGAAGGAAUCUUAGAGGGAUUGAGAUCCUUGCUGAUGGAAAAGAUGUUGAAGGACAUCUCUCCUUCCCAAAUUCCUGCUGGUGGAAUGACUUUCUCUAAAUAUUCUUUCUACCACAAUUCUAUCUCUCCCUCUCCUCUCUCUCUGCUUUGCUCUGAUUCCACUUUUCCUCCCCCCCCCCCUUCUCCUUUGUGCCUCUUCCUCUUCUCCUAUUCCUUCUCUUCUCCAGCCUUCCUUUUUUUUCUCCCUCUCAGAUCCUUCUUGUUUAUAGACUGCUGCUGGCUCACAGCUCUUUUAUGUCUGUUUGAAGUCUGUGACUUUAUUUCUUUAGAAAUGUGUGAAUUUUUCUGUCAAUAAAAGAUAUAUAUAUAUAUUCA